CUCGUCCAAGGGGCUUUUCACCGAUUUUCUUGUCAAAUUGCCCGGUGCGAGUGAGACAACUACAUGUGUUUUGUAUUCCCUUCUCACUCUUGCACACGGGGGAGAUAUCUGGCUUCUCUCAAGUGAACCACAUUGUUUACUUCCGGAAGCAAAUAAAUGGAUAUCCGGCAGUGGAGCCUGCAGGAGGGACUGCAGAAGAAUGCAGAGGAGUUCAACAGAUGGACAGCAUUCCGUGGGGAUCAAGUGCAGGCAAUUGAGAAUCUCCACAAGUUCCAGAAGCACCUGGAAGUGGAGAUAAUGGUGCCAAUUGGGAAUAAAGCUCUCCUUCCUGGUCACCUCUACCACACAAAUGAAGUUCUGGUAACGCACUACAAUGGGAUCUUCUCAAAGUGCACCGUCCAGAAGGCACAUGAGAUCCUCCAGGCACGCGUGGAAGUUGCCAGUGAACACCUGAGAGCGUUGGAAACUGAACGGGAGUUGCUUCUCAAUCGCCAGGAGCUGCCACAGAAUGCCUUCUCAGAUGAGACACAGCAGGAGAUUAUCGAGGAGUACGAUGAGGAGAAGGAGAAGGAAUGGCGAGUGCGACACCGGGAGAGUGUGAGGAGGCACAAACAGCAUGAAGCUGAACUAAGGAAAGCCGGGAUCUUUGACGAAGAAGAGAGUCUGGCGCUGUACUUUGAGAGAUUGGAAGAACAAGAACUGAUUCAGCAGAUUGAAGAAAUGUUUGCCGAUGAAGAUGAGGAGGAAAAGCCGGUCAAUGAUGGAGCAGGAGGAGAGCCAUUGGGGGAUGAAAAAGAAAAGAGUUUAAGUGAUGAAAUAAAAGAUUUUCCUGUAGAUGAAGCUGUGAAAGAGUUUCCUGGAAAAGAAGCAGGAGAAAAGCCUCCGGAAGGUGAAGCAACGAAAGAAUUCCCAGGAAUUCUUUCUCGAGAAGAAUCAACAGAAGAACGACCAGGAAAAGAAGCACAAAAAGAGCCUCCAGGACAAGGACAAGCAAAGGAAUCUUCUGGAAAAGCAUCAUCAGAUGAUCCUUCAAAAGGUGAAGCAUCAAAAAAUCCCCCACAAGCAACAGAAGAAGUUCCUUCUGGAGAAAUUCUCCGGAUCAAAAGGAAGUCUCUGACAUUCUCUGAUCAAGACUCAAUUCAGCUAAUUGAGGUUCACGAAGCCCCGUGCAGAGCCUCCCGACAGCUGCCCCCUGAAAACAAACUCAAUCCUGACCUUACGCUGCAUCUGGAAGUCAUCCACACUCCUGCCAUCUUCUGCCCACCGAAAACUGAGAAUCCGGAAGAAGUAGCAGAGAUUACGAGUCCUGCUGACAUUUAUCGUGUCUUUGGGAACUGCCUGGAAUCCCCGGAAUGUGUGCCAAAGUCAAUUUUGAAGAAUAAGGAAGCUGUUGAGCGGGAAAUUCAUCUCCCAGCAGCGGAUCCACCAAAACUGUCAACAAAUCGACGUCGUCUCAAGGAAGUUAUCUCUGUUGAUCAUUCCUCCAUCCUUGGGGAAAUUAUUGAGCGGAAACCACGUGGGGAAGAGCCAGGAACCCCUGAAGAAGCCACAAAAGCCUCAAAACGUACAGUGAGUCGCUUCAGGGCUGCCCGGGAGGGGAAAUCCUAGCUUCCGGAGAAUUUUUUUUGCAAGAAAAUAAAGAAAAAAGUUGGUCAGAA